CGAAAGGGAGAUUUUGUUCGGCGACUAUCUAUCUUGAGAGGAAGCAAGCAGCUUAUGCACGAGCAUAAAUUGGAGAACGGCGAGCUUCUGCCUUUCUCGGGUCGAGAAGAGGCAAUGGCAUGGUGAUCUGUGACCGGUUUUGCAAUUGGGUUUGCGGAUGUGGCGCUGAGGAUCAUGUCGGCUCACCACCAGCGAACCAAUCUGCCCGAAACACUGCGGGUUGAGACGCCACACGAGUCCUACACGAUAUUCCGCUCCACCACCGACGCCCUGGGUGCAUCGUCCCGGUCUGGCGGCGGCGGCGGUUCGCGACGCAUUAUAGCGGAUGCGACGACCAAGAAGAACGGAGCGGCCUACCUGGCCGUGAACCGGCAAGACCACGAGAUACUCGUCAUCGAACUCCAUCCACUGCAGCAAAAGAGGUGGGUGAGGGACAGUCAGUGGCGGCAGACCCUGGACGCACUGUGGACGGACGACGCAGAUCAGAUGCAUGGACAGACAGACAGACAGACAAGUGCAUAUCUAUCUGGGUUUGUUUGUGUGCAUAUAUACAACACACACAGGUAUGGCAGGGUGGAGGUUGAGCGUGGUGCGGUCUUCACUGCUGUGGCUUUCUGUCACAUCGCCGCCAACAAGCACAACACGCUGGAACUCCUCGUGGGCCUCAACGACGGGGCGGUGGCCAUCUACACUGAGCAGCCCCCCGCCCUCUCCUCUCGCGACCUCCGACUCGACACCGAAGCGGCGCAGAACGGCCACUCCUCCCCACCCAAGCAGCAGCAGCAGCAGCAGCAGCCCGAGGAGGCAGUGUUCACGUGCUCGGUGUUCAUCGGACGUGACAAGUUCCCUCCCCGGCCGCCUCCGCCAGCGUCUGCAGUUCCUGCGAUGCCGUCGUACGGCACGCUGCCGACGGCUUUUCCCUUUGCGGUCAUCGCCGCAGCAUUCAACCCCGUCUGCAGCGACCUGUUUAUGUGUGCCACCAGCAGCGGCUUUAUCUGGGAAUUCCAUCGCAACUUUGGGACCUGCUCCGCCGACGGGCUGCGUGCAUUGGCCCCCGAGCUGAGCGAGGACCGCGGGGCUGCCAACGUGGAGGUGCCGAGCGCUGUGCCAGCCAAGGAGACCGUGCCCUAUGCCGCACGGCCAUCGUCGGGCGCCUCGUCCAGCUCCUCGAGCAGCUCCUCAUCUAACCACCAUGUCCAAGCAGGAGGCACUCCCACUGUCACUGUCGGCAGCCAGCAACAGCAACCUGCACCGCCACCACAAGAGCAACCACCCGAGAAGCGCAGCACCACUAGCCGUGGGUUGAGCCCCAGGAGGAGGAAGGGCUCCGGACAGCAGGCCACCACCGGCACCGCCAGCGAGGCGGCGGAUGCCGAGGACCCCGUGAGCAUUGAGGCCCUCACCGGGUCCCUCACCCGCCUAUCUGAGGACAAGCACGAGAAGCUGCCCCUCGACCCCCACAACUACGCCACCUUCGCCGAGGUGUCGCCCCACAAGCUGCCGGGCUACUGGGUCGACCCAUCAAGGGCCUCUGAGACGGUGCAGCGGCUGCAGAGGAUAUUCGAGGCGCGGGAGGAGCUCUUCUGUCCCAUGAGGGUGGGCAAAGCGGGCGCAGGGGGGCACGCCGAACACAGGAGCCCAUACAGACCCUCUAAUCCCUUUGGACGAUGGGACGUAUGCACAGAGAAACACCCGGUGAGGGCGGUGAGCGAGCCAGUCAGUCAGCCAGUCAGCAAAAGACACAUACACACAUACGAAUGAAUGUACCUUCACGUACCACCUCUCCAUACAGUACAUUUAUCUGUUUGUGUGUAUAUGUACCAUCAUGAAUAUCUAUCAGUUUCGGAAGUCGCUGGCGCCUACGAUAUCUGCUGUGGCCUUUUCGCCAGACGGUCGGCAGCUGGCAUGCGCCACCAGCCAGGGGGGCACGCGGGUCUUCUCGUACCCCAUCGGGAAGGCCCUGCUGCUCGUCCGCAGCAGCUACGGGGCGGGCCUCUGCCUCCAGUGGACACCCGACUCGAAACUGCUUCUCAUCGGUAUGUGAUAGGAUAAGAUGAGAUACGAUGGAUGGAAGCAAAGCCACGGACUGGACUCGUUGUUAAUUGCUGUUCCGAUGGAUUAAUGUGUGCCAUAUACAUAGGUGGUGAGGAUGACUGCAUCAGUGUGGUAGAUGUGCCGAGCCAGCAGCUGCUGGCCAGGUGUGUGGGUCACAACGCAUGGGUCAAGGCCAUCGCCAUGGCGCCCAUCCCACCACCUACACCACCCUUCCCAUCACCCAGACAGUCCAAAGACUCCACACUCUCAUCGCAAGACGAACGAUGGAGCGCACUGCAGUCACCUGGUCAGCCACCAACACCAACAAGUGGAUACAUCUGUACGACGGUGUUUUGUGUGUGUGUCUUGCGCUGCUGUACGCUAUGCAGGUGUGCGUCAUCUGGGUGCCUGGGAGGGCGGCGCAUCCCGCUGCUCGUCCGAGAACCUGGACCCCCCUCCCAACGCACCCCCGUCUCCCCCGCCCCCACCCCCACCACCACCCGAACAUGGCAUCCCCAACAGCAGCAGCGAGAUGGUCGUCGAGGAGAUGCCAAACAUCGACAGGCCACUGCGGAUGAAAUCAUCGCCUGGCAGCGGGGGCUCAUCGAGGAGGGGCAGCGGCGGUGGGUCCGUCGCAGGAGUGGUUUCUCCAUCCUACUACUCGUUCCUGUCGACCGGUGAGGAUGCACGGAUGCUCUUCUGGGAGGUGUCUCGUGAGACUCUACUGGCCAGUGCCGCCAAUGCUCUUCCCAAGCUGCCUCCCUCUCGAUUCAGUGGCCAGCAGCGGUCCGGCCCCCCAUCCCCAGUGCCGCCGACAGCCAACCCUUCCCCUCCAGUCAUGAUUGUGCCCCCCGCCAUCAGCCAGCAGCCCACUCAGACAACAAACAGCAACGCCUCUGUGGGUGGUGCGUCUCAAAGGCCCACCAGUCGCUUCAAGAGUGCCUUCAGCUUCGGUGCUCGUCGUGGGUCGGUGGACAAGCUCUCAGCGGGCACCAGCCCCGUCAUCACCAGCCCUGGCGUGUCGCCGAGACACAACAGCACCCACACCACACACAGGGGGAGUGCGGCUGCCGGCGGUGGUGCCAGUUCGUCUGCUGGCACGAGUGGUGGGAGUGGGUUGGUGCCUGAGAUCGGUCCGUUGGCGCACACGAACAGCAGUGUCGAGGAGGUUCGGCCCGUGUGCAUGAGCCGCCGGGGGAGGGACCCUGUGGAAAGGGCCUACUACUUCCCUCAGGUGGCGUCGACGACUGUGUAUUGGAGCAAGACGCCGAUAGUGGGUGGCAGGUGGAUAGUGCUGCUUGACGGCUGCAAGACCAUGAAGGUGUACGUGCGGGUGCUGGGGGACGGCUCUGUGCCAUGGAUCGACCGGCUGCAAGCCAACCCGACUGACGACGACUGAUAUGCAUGUAUGUAUGCAUGCAUAUGCAUGUGUGGAUGGAUGAAUGCAUUGAUGCAUUCAUGGAAGCUCAAGGGCAAGUGGUGGGGGC